CGGUGGGCCGAGAGUCCUACAUCCCCGCGGAACCUGGAGAAGUCAGAACACUCUCGCCACCCGGGUCCUUAUUCCCAUCUUCACACCUGUCGGGUCACCUCGCACUCACGCUCCAUCCCCACGCGCUGGACUUGGGUCAGGGCGCACCCUGAGGGAGAACGCGAGACCCCUACUUCCAUUCAGCGGGCUGUGCUAGAGGAGGCGGGGUCCACUGCACGCCACCCUCCCCACCUCCUCCCCUCCCCUCCCGGGCGGGUGUCGGGCUAGUGCCGGAAGAGAGACGGCGGCCCCCGCAGCGGCCGCAGGAGGGGCGGCGGCGGUGGGCGCCGCAGGCAAUGCCCCUGCCCGGCUGCUCCGGCGGGAGGCGGUGCGAUCGGCGGCGGCGGGGAAGCAGGAGGGGGGCGGCGGCUGCGGCGGUUGCAGCAGAGGGGCCGAGAGCUGGCGGCGGCGGCGGUCGUGAAGGGCAUCGGCGGCUGCGGUGAUGGCAACGCUGAUCUGAAGAUGGAAAGAGCCAGGCGAAGGGGAGGCGGCGGCGGCCGCGGCCGCGGCGGCAAGAAUGUAGGGGGCUCUGGCCUAAGCAAGAGUAGACUCUAUCCCCAGGCCCAGCACUCCCAUUACCCCCACUACGUGGCUUCAGCCACCCCUAAUCAGCCUGGGGGCGCAGCCGAAAUCCAGGAGCUGGCCUCCAAACGAGUGGACAUCCAGAAAAAGAGGUUUUACCUAGACGUGAAGCAAAGCUCCCGGGGCCGGUUCCUAAAGAUAGCCGAAGUCUGGAUAGGGAGAGGCCGGCAGGACAAUAUCAGAAAGAGUAAACUGACCCUCUCCCUGUCAGUGGCAGCGGAGCUGAAGGACUGUCUAGGGGACUUCAUCGAGCAUUACGCCCACCUGGGCCUGAAAGGCCACCGGCAAGAGCAUGGCCACUGCAAGGAACAAGGCUCCAGGAGAAGACAGAAGCAUUCUGCACCUUCCCCACCAGUGUCAGUGGGGUCCGAGGAGCACCCUCACAGUGUCCUUAAAACUGACUACAUAGAGAGGGACAAUAGGAAAUAUUAUCUAGACCUAAAGGAAAAUCAGCGAGGUCGCUUCCUAAGGAUUAGACAAACCAUGAUGCGGGGGACUGGCAUGAUAGGUUAUUUUGGCCAUAGUUUGGGCCAAGAACAGACUAUUGUCCUCCCAGCACAAGGAAUGAUUGAGUUUCGUGAUGCCUUGGUUCAGCUCAUUGAAGACUAUGGCGAAGGGGACAUAGAAGAACGAAGAGGUGGAGACGAUGACCCACUUGAACUCCCAGAGGGGACUUCUUUCAGAGUGGACAAUAAAAGGUUCUACUUUGAUGUGGGCUCUAAUAAAUAUGGAAUUUUCCUGAAGGUAAGUGAAGUGAGGCCACCUUACCGUAAUACUAUUACUGUUCCAUUCAAAGCUUGGACAAGGUUUGGGGAGAAUUUUAUCAAGUAUGAAGAAGAGAUGAGGAAAAUUUGCAACAGCCAUAAAGAAAAGAGAAUGGAUGGCAGAAGGGCCAGUGGUGAAGAACAAGAAUGCCUCGACUAGCGUGAAAUUGAACUCCAUCAGGCAAAAUUUAAAAUCAUUAAUUGGCUAAAGUACUGAUCCAUAGUCAUUUGAAGAAGUUUUUCCUCUUUUUUGGCCCUUUGUUAUUAGUGAUACCGCUAGUAGUUUAUACUUCAAGGAGUCUGAUUCUCAUGUUAUGUUAUGCAUAGAACACUAUAAUUCUUAUGGGAAUUCCAACCUUCCCAGAGCUAAAUAGUUUAGCUGCUUCAUCUGCUCCAGACUAUUGAAGUAUGCAAAUCAGCACAAAAUGUGAUCUGACCUUCUAAAUACCAUAACUAAGAUUUACAUUGCACUAUGACAUAAUCCUGAAAAAAGAUACAUAUACUUAAUAUGGAAGUGUGAAUUACUACUUAACAAUUUCCCCCCAAAAAAGUAUUCCAUCCCUACUUCAUUAAAAGCUGCUAAGCUUACCUGUAGGACAGUUACCACAGAAACAGAAAUUGACCUCAAGUAUAGUAUAAAUAUGUUUAUUUAUAAAAGUACAAGUAGAAAUAUAUUAAUUGUCCAUUGGGUAACUGAAUAUUAAAAGGUACCAUUAAAAAAUCAAAUCUUAGAGUUAACUAUAGUAUGCUAUAAUUUCAAAUUUUGUGGUAACCCUACAGUUUAUAGUUGCCAUAUCAAAGCCAUGGGAAAGUUUUAAUUGGUUAUUCUAAACUAAUACAAUCCCAUCUUUACCUCUGUUUAUUGUAUCAUAUAUUUUAUUGACUUUCCAAAGUUUCAGGAAUUACUUUUAUGUCACUAUUGAGUGGGAGGCUUCAUCCUAUGGCUUUGCUAUGGAAAUCUUGAUGUUUUAGUUUUUCGUGCUAAUUUGAAGGUUGUAAGAGGUUUUUUCCCAAAAUAUAUCAUGGACUCAAGGUGUUAUAUUUUAUGCUUCUUCUUUAACACUAUUUUAGAGGGGUUGGUGCACCAGUUAACUGAUAUAAAAAUACAUCUGUAAUAAUAUAUUUUAGUAGGAUUUUUGCAAUUGCUACCCUUAAAACUAUGUCAACACUUCUAGCAUAAACCUGACUUUUACAGGUGUUUUAAUUCCAGGAAAAAAAGAUUUUCUCAAAAAAAAGCAUUCAGAAUAUAAAUUUUCAGUCUGGGAAAAAUAUAUUUGAAGAUUGGUUAUGAAGAUAUUUAAAAGGAAAAUUCAGGCAUUUUCCAAGGUGCUCUUUAUAAUACUUAAAAAAGUUUACUUCACACAAGACUCACCCAUUUACCUGUAUUAAAAAUAACUUUCCAGGAAGUGCCACAGCAAUUUUUCAACACCUAAGCAAUUUUUUAAACAAGUGAAUAUAGUAUAUAUGUGUACCAACCCUGUAUUAACUAACUGAAUUUUUAUCUGUUGAGCUGCAUUUUAUUCUGAAUGAAAUUAUUGUCUUUUAUCUUGGCUUUAUUCCCCUCCCACACAAUAAGUCCAUACAAUCAUGUUUAAGAGCCAGACACUGAUUUCAACCCCCAAAUAUAGCUCUCAUUGAUGAGAGCUGGCUGCAUGGAUUGAGAUCAGAAUAUAGCUCUUCUUUUAUAUGCUAUAGGUAAUUCAAAUUAUUUUAACAGUUUUUUCCUCCAGAAGUUUGUCCCCAAAUACAUUUAAGUAAGGUCCCUAAGAAAACUUUUAUGAUAUGAAUUAAGAAAAUUAAUUUCACUGGUUUAUGUUACUUAAAAACAAGCAAUCAGUAUCCCAGACAUAUAUGCUGGUGCUGGUUUGCAGAUUGUGUUUCACGUUUCCUCAAGUAGUAUGAAGGAAUGUCAUUAGUUCAUUAUAAUUGUGGACCAUCUGGAUCACUAUGGAACAACUGAAGGUUAGAAGAUAAUGUUAGUAACUAGAGUUAAUAGCACAUGGUGGGUGUUGAGACUCUAAAAGUAGCAAGGAUCUUUAAACCAUCCUAACUGUAAAAAAACAUAUAGGCUUGAUAAAAGUAGUUUUGGGUAUAUGAAGGAGUGGUGUGCACUUGAAUUACUGUACUACUGAUUGUUAUUGCUGCCCAUCAUAGUGCCUAUUAAUAAUAAUCAACCUGUCAGAUUUUGGCAAACUGGAGCUGUGAAUAUUCCAGUAUUUGAGUGUUCCUAUCACUACUGCUGUGACUAUAUACUCUCUCACACAUUCUUCCCUUCUAAAAUAUUUAUAUCCGUUAAGUCUAAAUGAUUUUUUUGGUUUUUAGUCUGAUAAGAUUUCAGUGUGUGUGUCUAUAUAUAUAUAUAUAUAUAUAUAUAUAUAUAUAUAUAUAUAUAUAUAAAUGUAUAUGUAUAUAUGUGUGUUAUAUAUGCAUAUACAUGCAACACUAUGUCAGACUUAAAUAUCUUUAAUUCACUGUAUAUAAAUAUUAUUAGUUUAAUUUUGCAUUAAUUAAGUAAAGAAUUAAUUAAGCAGCCAAAUUUUCUACAUUGUAUGUAUACUUUGAAGUUUUACCAUCUCAAAGCUAUAGAUUGGAUAGAUGCGUAUAUACCAUAUAUACCGGCAAUUGACUAUACUUUAGAAUCAUUAAGCCUUCUGCCAGUCCUUUUGUUUCAUGUUUUCAUAGUUAAUGUAUUCAUUGAAAAGUGAAAUGAUGCUAUGAUUUUUUUAUACUUAAAUUCCCAAUCAUUCUUUAGCCAUAACAAAUAAGAUCCAGUUAAAAACUCUGGUAUUAGGACACGUAUUGCCAUGUAUCUUAUAAAAUAAGCUACUAUUCCUAUCUGUGCAAUAUACAUUUUAUUUAUUGUCAUUUGUGACAUAGAUGGAGCUGCAAGCGUACAUGGUAUUCUUCAAAAUAAUAGGAUCCCUGCCUUGAAGACAUUAAACUCUUAAGGCAUCUGGAUGUUAGCAGUCAGAAAUGAGCAUUAACGUUAGUAACCAAAAUUCCUCAUUCACUGUAUAAUCCUAAAACACUGAUGAUGUUUGCACAUAAUAAUCCAAGCAUAAUGUGGUACAGACUCAAACUGUAAUCAUAUAAGCUAAUAGUAUGAAAUUUGGAAACGGGUUCCUCAUAAUAGUUGGCAGUGUGCUCCUAGCAAUUGAAAGCAGCACUAAUCUGUUGCUUAUAUGCAAAAGAUGCAAUGUAUUAUAAAAGUAUUAACGUUCUGCCACAUUUUAUAAUUUUCCUUGUUAAAGCCCCAAAUUGCCAUGUCCCUUAAACUUGAGUCAAACACAAGCUUAUUUGCACUAAAGAGCAUGGCCAAAAAAUAAAUGACAGGGUGGAAAAGCUAGUUGGAACCUCUUGAAUUAAUUGGUUCUAAUGGGAGAAUUUCACAUUUGUCUAUUUGAAAGCUAUAUGGUCCAGGCAGACAAUCUGUCAGUUCACUAAUUUAAUAAUGCACUUUACCUUUUGUAUAUAAAAGAUGUACAUUUAUGCCACUUGACAGGUGGGAUGUGUUUCAAUAACUAUGUAGUUAGGACAUAUAGAGUGAUCUCUUGCAUGCAUAUGUUUGUGUUGGAACUGCUGUAGUAAAACGUUUCCAUUAAAUCAGUGUAAUGGAGCAGGGUAGAAGAUGUUUUUGAAACAAUUCCCAAUACAUUUAUCAAAUAAUUUUUAAAGUAGAGUUCAUAUUUGUAUUUUUAAGGACUAGAAUCAAUAAUUUAAAAAAAACAUUCUAGCCCAGAUUAAUAUUAGAUUUGAGACUGUAUCUAAUUGAGAGUCCCAUAAUACCCUGAAAGUUAAUUUUGAGAAUUUGUGCUGACAAAAAAUUUUUUAAUGAUUCUGUUUCAUUGUUGAUAUGUGUUUAAUGAAAAGACAGCAUAUGAUACUGUAUUAGAAUUAAAAGUAUGGUUGACUGAUAUGGUGUCAUUAAGAAAAUACCCAGACUAAAGAAAUAAAGUUUCAAAUUGAGGAAAUGCAAAAAGCCUGAGAACAGUUGCUAAGAUAAAUAUGAUAUUAUUUCAAAAUUUUAAGAACUAACUUUCACCGACCAAAAAGGGUAUUGGGGGAUUUAGUGUAUCCUUCCAUCCUAAGAACUUCCUAGGAUGUACAUUUGAAAACCAGAUAAUGUUACUUAAUAAUAGGUUGUAUGUACUUUACUAAGAAACACUGUGUACUAAUAAUUCAUCGAGAGUAUACUAUAUUUACUGCAUUCAUUUUAUAUCUAUGGAUAAGAAUACAUUAUAAAUAGUCAUCUUAAUAUAAUCAUGUAUUUAUAUUGUAAUUUUGCACAUAUUUUCAGUAAAAUAAACAUUUAUCUGAGCUGCAUAAUUUGAAAAGGAUGAAAUUGAAAUAUGCCCUCAAACACGCAUUUUUAAUAAGCAGCUACCAUUGAAAGUUGAUGUAUGUACUACCAUUUUGUUUUAUGGUUUAUUUUAAUAAUUAAGUGAAUAGGAUUUAUUUUGAAUUCUUAAGUGGUGUCCUGAAAAUUUUUUCGUAAGUGUAAAAUUUGUAUCCCUGCUUAUUCCCAAAUGUCUUUCAUUGCAACAAUUUUAAAAAAUCCGAUUCCAAGCUUUAUAUAAGGGCUUUGCUUUGUCACCACAUAGUUUGAAGUCUGUCUUUACCAAAAAACCAAACAUCUUUGGCAGGAUAAAAUCCAAGGUAAACCACAAAGAGAAGUUAAAAUUGAUUCUAUGCCAACAGAAUAAUACAGGUGUAAUAUUUAUCACUGCCAAAUAAAAUCUUUCUGAGGUUUCCUUAAACAUUUCUUGAAUUUCAUAGAGAAAUAGUGUCUAAUUGCUGGCCCGUCAGAGAAAGAGAAUAAGGAUAUUAGCAUGCUGUCGAGACAAUCCAUAGUCCACAAUGUUGUAGCAGUGAGGUACAGGGAAAAGGUUAUUUUCCCAAUUUAAUGUCAUGUGAAAAUUGAGUCUUUAGAUUACAGUUACACUGUCAUAAAGUAAGUUUACCCAAAUUUAUGUGGAUCUUAGAAAAACAAUAUAUGUGCUAGUAUAUUUUUUGUAUGAUGUAAAAAAAAAGUCAAUCUUAAUUUACAUAACUUUUUAAGUGAUUUAAAUUUAUUUUAGUAGUGAGUUUCUAAUCAAUAUUUUUGAAUGGGGAAAACAAAAUAUACAUGCUACAGAUGAAUAGAAAGUAAAAAGUAUCAACCAAUGUUACCUAUUUCUUGUGUUAUCUUUCUAGAGUUACUCUGCAUAUAUAAGCAUAUGUGUAUGAACAUAUAUUCCUUUUAAACAUACAAAUUAACAUACCAUAUACACUAUCCUAUACCAGUAAUAUCAACUUUAGAUCUGUCAUUCUAAGUGAAUUAUUUUCCCUUUUACUUAGAUACUAUACUUGAUCUAGUUAACAUGGCGUUUAAUUUAAACUAGAUUAUUACACCGAGGGAACCUCAAGGAAAUUUUGAAUGAAUUUCAUUGGUGUUUAUUUAAAAAUGCAAAUACUAUAUGUAUAUAUUAAUUUUCAUAUCUAUAAAUAUUAGUUUACCUUCCCUACCCCUAACCACCUUGUCUUCCUGUCUUCCCCUCUUUCUUCCAUUAAAAAAAGUAUUGGUCUUUUUCCUGAAAUUAUACAGUUCAGGACUGACAGGAUAUUAAAUUACUUAACCAAGUGUUAUUUUAGAUUAACCAUGUUCUCUAAUGAAAAACACCCAUAUUUAAAAGCUUUAAUAAAUUAUUACUUUUAGUCAAUUUUUA